GUGCCUGAUGAUGAUGCCAGACCAGAUCUGCGGCCCGUUGUGAACACACAGUCAGCCCAAGACGCAAAUCUUUUCCUUCACCCACGCCCGUCGGCUGCAAACACCCCCCUUCUGCUGCCGUCUGCACUCUGCGAACGCGUGCUUGCAGUCGCCGUGCGUGCCCCUACGUCGUCGCUUGCUGGCCUGCUCGCCUGCCCCUCGCCCUUGGAGAAAAUCUCUCGACCCCACCCCUCCCUCUCCAGCACAACCACCAACCCACCGCGACCAUGUCCGGGAAGAACGAGCAGCCCAACGAGGCCGAGAAGAACAUUGAGAUCUGGAAGGUCAAGAAGCUCAUCAAGCGUCUCGAGGCCGCCCGCGGAAAUGGCACAUCCAUGAUUUCGCUCAUCAUCCCCCCUAAGGAUCAGAUUUCACGCGCCGCCAAAAUGUUGGCUGAAGAGUUUGGCACUGCCUCCAACAUCAAAUCCCGCGUCAACCGUCUCUCAGUCCUGUCCGCCAUCACAUCCACCCAGCAGCGUCUGAAGCUCUACUCCAAGGUCCCUCCCAAUGGCCUCGUUGUCUACUGCGGUGAAAUCAUCACCGCUGAAGGCAAGGAGCGCAAGAUCAACAUUGACUUUGAGCCCUUCAAGCCCAUCAACACCUCGUUAUACCUGUGUGACAACAAGUUCCAUACCGAGGCCCUGAGCGAACUGCUCGAGUCUGACCAAAAGUUUGGUUUCAUCAUCAUGGACGGAAACGGUGCCCUUUUCGGUACUCUGUCAGGAAACACGCGUGAGAUUGUCCACAAGUUCUCGGUCGACCUUCCUAAGAAGCACGGUCGUGGUGGUCAGUCUGCUCUGCGUUUCGCCCGUCUGCGUGAAGAAAAGCGCCACAACUACGUCCGCAAGGUCGCCGAAUUGGCUGUCCAGAACUUCAUCACCGCUGACAAGGUCAACGUUGCUGGAAUCAUUCUCGCUGGUUCUGCCGACUUCAAGAACGACCUCAACCAGUCCGACCUUUUCGACAACCGUCUGCAGUCCAAGGUCAUCAAGGUUGUCGACGUGUCCUACGGAGGCGAAAACGGUUUCAACCAGGCUAUUGAACUCGCAGGCGAGACUCUGAGCAACGUCAAGUUCAUUCAAGAAAAGAAGCUCAUCAACGAGUACUUUGACCACAUCUCCAAGGACUCUGGAAAGGUCUGCUACGGUAUCGAUGAUACCCUGAAGGCCCUCGAGGCUGGUGCGGCCGAGACUCUGAUUGUCUUUGAAAACUUGGAAAUCACUCGAUGGGUUCUCAAGAGCUCUGCCGGUGCCGAGAUCAUUCUCCACACUACAAAGCUCCAAGAAGAAGACCGAAGCAUCUUCAUGGACAAGGAAACCGGACAAGAGAUGGAAGUCAUUGAUCAGGGUUCCAUGCUCGAGUGGCUUGCCGAAAAGUACCGCGACUUUGGUGCCAACCUCGAAUUCGUCUCGGACCGUUCUUCCGAGGGUAACCAGUUCGUCAAGGGCUUUGGUGGUAUCGGUGCCAUCCUGCGUUAUGCCCUCAACUUUGAACAGCUCGUCGAGGUCGACGACGAUGAAGACGAGUUCUACGAUGAUUGACGGUUGUGCGCCCUCGCUGACUGCGAGGUAGCGUCUCCACUCGUGUCGAGUGAAGGAACGUCCGCUACCCGCGCGAAAAGUCUAAAUGACGUAUCCGGAGUCAAGGCCAGAGUAGUCGAAGCAACGACGCUUCGCCUCUCCAGGUUGUAAGAUGGGAGUGCCUACGGAGGGUUUGCA